AUGCGGAGAGCAGACUGCAGCAGUGACUGGAAAAUACAAUAACAUAAAAAUACUAGGACUGAGGAAAACAUACUCUCAUUUUGUCAGAUGUUUUAUUGUAGGCAGUGAAGAGCUACAACAGGGACUAAAUCACUGCUGCAGACAUCAGGAUCAAGGAUCAUGGAGGAUUCUUGCCUGGUCCGAUGUGACAGCCUGGAUGCUGGGUCAGGGUGUGACAGGGAGGUUUUGACCCUGAUCGACCCUAUGACCCUUGACCCUGAGGGCUCUGACCCCUCAGCAGACCUCGAACCUUCACCAGCAGAACUGGCUCAAUGUGAGGCCGAAGUGGGCACGCUGCUCAGCAUCAUUGCUGAACUGAACAAGAAGAUGGGGUCAUUAAAGGCACCAAGUGAAUCAGGAGAACUGAGAUCACCAGGACCAUCCAGGCCUCUGGUUCCAGACCUGCUGUCCCACAGGCUGGUCAGGAGCAGCCCAGAGAGGAACUCUGCCUCUGCUGUCACAUCUAAACCUCCACUGGCUGACAGAGGGGGUGGUGGUGUAGUAUGGACUAAACUCCAGGAGGUUUUAUCAUCAGUGGAGGACUCCAUUAGCUCUAAAAGGUCCUGGGCCGCCCCCAUCACAGCUUCUGACCAGGACAAACACAGAGAGCACCUGAGAGCAGCCCAGGAGAGCUCAGUUAAAGCCACUAAGAUACUGGAGGAGAUGGAAAUAGAGUUUGGGAUUUCAUGCCCACCAGGCCCGCCAAAGGACCAGUAUCAAGAGAACAUCCUGGAUCCAGAGAAGCGAGACUCUGCUCUCAGAGGCAGCUUGCAGAAUCACCAGGAGGAGCUGGAAAGAGCAGAAAGCACCAUCAGUCACAUGGAGGAGGAAAAGAACAAGUUGGUCGGUCUUCAUAAGGCCUGGAGGUCAGGCAGUCACUCUCCUUCCUACCGGCCCCCUGCUGGGGCUCUCAGUCCAGACUGGGCCUCUCCUCCCUUCCCAGGUUCACCAUUACUCUACAGAAGAGCAGCCAGAGCAAUGACACCUGUGUCUGUGGGUGGGGAUGGGUCUCCAGUGGGCUCCAUUAACUCAUGCAGUCCCUGUCCUAGCCCCAUCAACCUGGAGUCUGAGACAGAACGACUGAACAGGUGCAUCGAGAGGCUGAGGGCCAGAAAUGAACGGCUGACUGCAGCUCUGGAGCGCAGGAAGGGAGAGUCAGAGAAGAUCAGUAUUACACUGAACAGACUUGAAGCUGACUGCUCUGCCCUGCAGAUGGCUCUCAGAUACUGUGAGGAGUGUGAGGAGGCCUACAGCGAGCUGCUGUCACUUUAUGACGCCAAGAAGCAGCAAAGCAUUCCUCUGAAGACAGACUCAGCAGAGGCAGUCGGUGACAGGCAGCAGCCCGACAGGCCAUCAGCUCAGCUCAUGAAAAUGGGAACUGAAGAGCUGUCCACCUCCUUCUCAACAGCAGGGGUCACAGAGGAGACGGAAACACAGAGUCACACAGGGCAGAGGACACCUGAGCCGGUGGAGCGAGAGGCUGUUCUCCGACAGCAAAUUGAGCGCCUAAAGAGGGACCGGGCAGCCAUUCGUCUGCCUAAGCCAAGCCCAGGAGUAGAGGGUAAAAUAAGCCCCGAAACUUGUCUCCCAGCUGGAUCAAGAGGGGGACAUGUGACAAAAGAGAACGCUAAACCUCCUGACACCAAGAAAGAAAAGGCUUCCCUCUUCUAUGAACUCAUCUCUGUCAGGGAGGAAAUGUCAGAUCUGCGAGCUCUAAUCCGCCUCAAGGAGAAAGAGCUGAGGUGUUUGGAGUGGGGUUUAAUGGCCCAGAAGGCCCAGGAAGCAGCUGGAGCAUUCGUUCCAGAGAGCCUCAGAGAGGAGACCGAGGACCAUAGGACGGAACAACAGAGGCUCUGUGAAAAUGCAGCUAAAGUGGGUAGUGAUGGGGACAUCACUGAUCCUCGAUCCAGACCCAUUCUGAAAGAGCUGCAGGCCGUCCUGCAAAGGGAACAAGCCCUGAAGAAGAGGUUGGCUUUAGUCCAAGACUCGCUAAACACAGCUCUGUCAGACAGCACCUCCCACAGGAGGGACAGUGGAGACCAGAUUGCUCGGCUCACACAAGCUCACAGUAAAGCCUUGAGUUCAUACCGCCAGAUUCGUAGGAAGUACCGGGAGCAGGUGUGGAGGCUGGAGCAGAAAGUGGCAGCCAUGAUGGAGAGUCACCACCACCAGAGUGGAGCUCCGAAAGCUGCAGGGGAGGCCUUGGAGUGGAGGAGGGAAGAGACUGUUCUGUGAUCCUAUGAGUCUUUAGUCAGAGAAUCAGCUUGAUAAUAGUCAAAUGUAUCCACAUCAACUACAAUGGACAGUCCUGAUGAAUUCAAGGCGCACGUGUGUUUUUGGAUUUGUGAAGUUAUUGAAUCAUUCUGAUAGAAGCCUCUUCACUUCAGAAUUACAUUUCUCAGCCAUGAUAGCAGUUUGGCUAUAUGGACGGCAAUGUCAGUUGGUGUCCAUGGUGCCCAGAGGAUGAUUUUACGCCUUUUCCUCAAGCACUACCAGGAUUUGACAAUUGUGGCUUUGAGUAAGCAUGACCUUUGGUAAACACAUUCAUGUCCUGUUCAGGAUGAAUUGUAAGAGCUUUGGUGAUCCCUUAAAGGUAUAUAUAAAGAGGGGUAUAAAAAGGUAUAUAAAGCAAGUAUAGGUCAUAUAUGAAUACUGUGAAACUCAAUCCCAUCAAAAUGCGUAAUCCUCCCAGAAAUGCUCACAGUCACAAACUGACUCUUUAAAACGAGCUGUUAGGUUUUCCAUGAAGUUGUGAUGUCACAACUAUACUAUCUAAAGGUAGACCCCAUCACCACAGUGCAGUCACAGUCAAUAUCCGUCUGCAAUAAUGGUGCAGAGAUGCAAAGAGCACAGAUGUGAAAGACCUGGAAACGCUGACCAAUCAGAGCAGACGGAUUUUCAGGACGGGGGCUAAAAGGGAUAGGUGCUAAAAUGAAACGCUUUAGACAGAGGGUGAGUACGGGUAUAUUCAGGAAGACAGUAUGACGUAAAAAAACUUGUUUUUGGAGAAUAAAAGCUUGUAAACAUGUUCUGGUAGAAAACCAAAAAACAUGUAUCAACCUGAAAAUUUUUCAUCUAAGCUAUAUCGAGUCUAUAUUGAGAACUGUCACUGUCCAAUACUUUGGCUUAUGACCAAGUAUUUGCAAAACUGAUGACAUUCCCUCAGCCUUAGCUGUUCUCUGAAUGCUAGCAUGCUAUGUACCAAUCUAAGAUGCUGGACAAGUUGCAUUGACAUUGUGAGCAUGUUAGCAUGCUGAUGUUAGCAUAAAGUAAAUCAUCAGCUGUGGCAAAGCCUCAGUGUGCAUGCAUGACUCUAGCAUGACUGUAGACUCUUGGUCUUCUUAGUCAGAUAUAUUAUAUGGUUAAUAUUAAUUGAGGAAAAAAUUGGGUGAUCAGGAGGGAUUCAUGACAAUUAACACAGUUUUUGCUGUGUAAAGAGAUAUGUACCUGUUCAUUUAUUUAUCUGUCAACCCAUCAACUGUAUCAGUCUGUUCAGGCAUUCAUUGGCUCUUGAGGGUUAAAUAUAGAGUAUGGAGGGCAGUGGAACAUAGACAGCACUGUCAUCUCAACCUUUUCAACCCUUGUGAAAGUCACCAAUAAUCUUAACAGGAAUCCAAAGCAUAACUUGUCUAACAGGACUCACACAUCACAAGACACAUUCCUUAUUUCAGAGAAACAGCUGUCAUGCCGUCAUGAAUGUGUGAGGCCGAUUCAAGGACUGAACCCUCUGAGGACCUCGGGACCGACCUCGAGAGCGCACAUGUCCUUUUUCCCGUACAAGUCGACUGUAUAAAGCCACUCCCGGCCAGCCGUGCGGUCAUCACAAAGCUCAGGGAAGGGGGAUGGGUGUCAGGACAAUGGCUGAUGUGCUCACAGAAUGUACGGCCAGCCCAUUUGUCUUCUUUCAUAGUUCUCUACAUCUUGCUCGCUCUGCCUUUCAAUAUGUCCACUUCUCUUCAACGGUCAGUUAAGCCAAAUUACACAAAAAUCAUAAUUUCAUACUUAUUUCUAGAUGCCAUGCAAAUAGUUUUGAUUUUGAAAGAUACGGGUGACAUGUUCCUACAUUACCCUAUGGUGGUGCUGCAAAUAUUAUCUAGCAUACAAAAUCUGCUUGUUUAUGAAGAUUUACACUUUCAAUGUGAAUGAACAGGCUUCUGGCUGACAGCCACAGCUCAGAGAAGAUGACAGUUAUGGCCCUGCAGCAGCCCGGAAGCAAAUUAUACUCACGUUCCUUUCUGGUGAGGAUGUAAAUGCAAACAUAAAACACAUUAUGGGAUUUGCCACUCUGAACAACCAAACAUUAAAAGAUACCAGCCACAAAAAUGUUGUAGAUAGCAAAAAGCUAAUCUUCUAGGAAAAAGCAAAGGGUUGAUAUUUGAUUUUUCAAAAGGUAAGUGACGACUGAUUAAUCAUUGCACUCCUGAUAACAUUUUCGGAUUGUCACGAUGGAAAAUUAAAAAACAGGAUGCAGCAGAACUAGAGAUAUGAUCUUUAUCAUUCCACACGUUCUUCAUCUUUGUCAAAUCCUGGCACCUACAUUACCCACAAUGCAACUUGAUUGUCAACACUGGUCAGAGAUCCUGAUGUGAUAUGCUAGUAGCAGCUAAUGUAGCCUCAACUGAAGCAGAAAUUAAAAAAACAAAACAAAGUGGAUCAUUCACACAAAACAAUACUACAGCUGUAUUAUUAAAUAACUGUUUGAAUAUAUAAUACGCUGUAACUGGAAUGUGUGUAUAUGUCUGAGUUCUUUAUAACUUUUUAAUCUGUUUUAAUCUAUUUGUGUUGCUGU